ACAGGUCGGAGAUCCCCUGGGCGCCGGGUUAUUACGGGUGAUUCAUGUUGUGCAGAAUCAUAGUCCCGUUCGGCCAAUGUUUUUCACCUUGUAGUAUUCCAGAAUAGGUGCUUCUGCUUGACUGGUUCUUUCGAUCUUCAUGCUCAGUAUACGCAGCGGCCAUCUCAGGGGUAGGCCCCCAUGACAACACUUCUCGUUCACACCUCCGGGAAUGUUCGCCUUGGAAAAACCGUUCCACUUAUACAUCUCCCUAGCGAUCUUGAUAUAUGCAUCUCGUUUGUCGAAGUCCGAGUAUCAAGGCAAAAUAUUCCGUGGUCUCGGCGUCAGUAAUAUGCUUCAGAAGUCCUCGGAAAAGAUAGUCUGUAUUGUGCUUGACGCUGGCUUUGUCGUACGACAAACAUGUAUCUACUAUAAUGUCCCGACUGCAGUGUUUCGCCUCAUCCCAAGUACGGAAGCUCUGAAUCAGAAGCUUGUAGGUUGCCGCCUCGUCUUUGUCGAGGACAAGCUCGUGGACGAAUGCAACUCGAUCUUUGUUGGUUGUCAUAGGCUUAUCUUCGUUGAAGCUUUGUACAACAUGGCCGUAGGCUUCUCCAGAGGCAAAAUUAAGAUCUUUAUCUUUAAAGGAGGGGAAGUCCAAGCUCGGAUAGGGUUUACUGGCAACACAUCACCGAUGUCGUUUGAGAGCGGUGCAAGGAUCAUCCACCUCUGCCUGCAAAAAUCAGCACCUAUCACAGGAGAACGGCAAGCCUGAGUCCAAUUAUGGCUGCUGUUGGUGAUCAUACAUGGGUCACCGAAGGGGAAUAAAUAAGGCUAGGUGAAUAUAGUGGUCGCGAAACAAUCGCAUUCGUACGUAUCUCGGUC